AAGAUUAUAAGAAAAUUAUAAAGAGAACGCCAUAAAAGAAGUAGUGGAAACAGGAAGGUCAUAGAUGCAACAAGAACAUUUUGUACUAUUAGUAUGUCUGAUAUCAAAAUUCAUUAAACUCAAAGUGGAAUGAAAACUCUAGGAGACAAAAUUAUCCCUAGCUAUCUAGUAUUAUUAGGAACCUGAAUAAAAGGUUUAAAGUGAUGUGAUCCCAGCUUGGUCCAAAUAUUGAGCAUCGUAAUAUCUCUACCAAAUUUGAUAUUUUUCUUCUAUAUCAAUAUGGGGUCUUUUAUGAACAAACAUACUGUGGCAACUCGGAGCAGAUAAAUUGCAUUUUGUCAAGUGCCUUAAUUUAACAAAAACAGAGAGGCGCGUUUGUACUUGACAUUCCCAUGCCCACAAAACCGUUAAAUUUUGUAAAGCAAAUGAAAGAGAACGGGACAUCGUUACGCAUGUAUUCAUUCUCUUAAAAGCAUAUGAUUACAUGCAUUCACAUGUCACACACAUACUUAUGUCCUGGGGGGCUGAAGGUUCGUAAUGGUAGUAUGAUGCCCCCCUUUUGUGUAAUGCAUCUAAGUGAUAGGCAACAAGCAAACCUUCUGUGCAAUCAACAUCAUUGUUAGUUAGAAUGUGAAAGUGAAAGGAAGCUUUGGGCCAUUGUAAAGCUUUAGUAAAAAUCAAAGAAUUAUUAAAAAUAAGUUUAAAUAAAAUAUUUAUAUAAAGGCGUUCAGAGUUUAAAUUUUAUUAACAAUUUUAACUUGCUGAAAAGUGCAAAAGGACAAUUUGAUUUGUUAGAAAGUCCAACCAACCAACCACCUGACCUAACCUUGGCCUAUGCAUAGUAGGAACCAAACGACACACGUACUCACGGAAAACAACAAUUACCAUCACGAACCACACAAUAACCUUGAAUAUUUGCUGCUGCUAAUUGUAAAUUAAGACCCCAAAGGAGGAGACAAAAGGAAACACAAUGACUGAAGAAACAAAUUGUUUGCGACCAGCAACUGGUGGUGUUCCUGUCGGUCCCAGUGCGGGUGGCGAAUAUGUUUGGACUCAUCGUGAACCAUUGAUGCAUUUACAAAAGUAUACUCCAUUCUUUCGCCUAAUCGAUUUUGUGGAGAAGACUCGAACGAAACGCUUCUAUGAGCCUGCUGAACGUUUCGAAAUUCUCAUGUCGGCCUGUAUUUUACGACACCCAGCACCGUUUUGUCAAAAUCGCCGUUUCCCCGAAGACUAUUGGGCUAAUUUGUCCGUAGGACCAGUCGCCGAGGCCUUUGAUCGUCUGAUUGCCUCAUUGGAUAUACCCAGUCCACAGUUGUUGUCACAAAUGAAUGCCCAAGACUGGGAUAUAUGGAAGAAAAAAUUCGAUAAUGCCAUGUCGGAUAUACGACGUUUAUCCUAUUGUACCGAUUUGGAUAAAUUAGCCGAUAUUGGUAUUUAUAAUCGUACAACAUUUGAGCAGCGUUUCAAUAUGCAAUGGCGUGAGUAGGAUAGGGCGGUUACCAAACAAGGCGGAUGAAGGGCAAGGAGAAUUAUUGAAUAUUAUAUAUGUUGCUGUCCCAUAUGUGGGUCAAGUUUAAGAGAUGAUGGUGAUAUAGUUGUAGAUAUUAAGAGUAUGUUUAUAAUGGAUUAAGAGAAAGAAGAAAAAGAGUGGUGGGUAUGUAAAAACGAGAAGAAGAGGAAGUGAUAGCAACCAAAAAAAAAACGGAAGUGUAAAAAUGCAACAUAAAUAUUAAAACCUAGCUAUGUUUGUAAAAGAGUGUGAGUGUGUGUGCGUAUGAUUGGCCCAAGUAGUCGUUAAGGUCAUUACUUUAAUUGACAAUGCGUUGUUUUUCUUUUGUACAAUUCUUGAGGGCAUUGGCUUAAAAUAUUUAUGUUGAUGACACAAGUGUACAAAGUUUUGAAAUUUGAAAAGAGCGUAGGCUUAAAGUUUUCAUAUUUUUGAGAAAACAUUUAAUUAAAAUAUGCUGUUGAAAAUCUUCUUUAUUUAUUUAUAACUAAUUUAAUUAAAGUUUAAAUCCCCUCUAGAAGAUUUGCUGCUCUUCUACUUCAAAUUUCUUCCAGUAGAUGUCUAUAAGACUAUAUCGAUUCGAAGUCAAUGUGAUUUUCAAUAUUAAAAUUUAAAAAAUUAAAAAAUAUUAAAAACAACUGUUGCUCGGGUAUUUAUGUUAUUUUUUUAAAAACGUCAAAUUAUAUUAGAUAUGUUCCUAUCCUUUGCGAUAUAUACUCGUUUUUAUAUCAUCAAAAGGGUAGCAUAUGAGAAAUUUACUAGCUAGUGUUGUGGAAACCAAAAAUAAAAAUUUAACAAAAAAUACCUUGCUAAGAUGGGAAAAAAUGGCGAAUAAAAUAUGAAUUUUAUAAGAUCUGCUGAAAACCCAAUUUUUUUCACAUAUUUCAGACGUAAAAUUAUUUAUUUUCUCCUCCUUUUAGAAAUGUCCUCACAUAUAUUGUUCAGAACCAAGUUUUUUGCUGUAAAAUUUCAAUUUUUCACAUAUUUUAGACUUAAAAUUACAUAUUUUCUCCUCCUUUUAGAAAUUUCCUUACAUUUAUUGUUCAAACCAAUCCAAUUUUUCUAUCGUAGCAAAAUUUUUCCAUUCUUCCAGGUUCAGGAAUAGAGCAGUCGUGAGAAAAUAUUACAACAGUUGUUAGUAGAUUCUUGCAGGUUUUUGAAUAGAUUAAAUCAGAUUAUUCAAUAUUCCAUGGGGGCAUUAGGCUAAGUCCAAGUCUUUUCAGAAUAGCGAUAAAGUUCUCAAUAUUUUAGAUAAAUCCUUCAAAUUUUGAUUUCACGUAAGAACAACGCAUACAUUUUCAACGGUUUUGUAUCUAUAGACCAAACCUAGGGAACAAAAA